AUGCCUCCAUUUCCUUUGCAGAUUUGUCCGGUGUUCUCGAUUUUCAACCGGGAUUUCCUAUUUGCUAAUGCCGAUGACGACGAUUGUUCUAGGGCCAGAGGGGCUACCGCUUUGUCUUCUUCUCUGCGCUCGCCUUUGAAGAAGCUCUUCUUUGAAAAGCAGGAUACGUCGACCUUGAGAACAUCGUUUUACAACUUAGGAGGUGGACUCAGGUUCUGGUCCAUGAGAUCAACUAGCUUCUGUUUAAUCAUCAACACCCUCCAUAGUAACAAGGAGAUCUUUCUCUGUGAGCUCUCUGAUGUUGAUGGAACAAGUGUAGCACAUCCUGUUUCACAAACCAAACUUUACAACGAGUGA